AUGAUGAUUAACGAUAAUGAAGAGGAGGCUUUUAAGGAUGAUUUUCCUCCACCACCGGCAUUCUAUAGAUUGUAUCAUCCAACAAAGAGUGAAUAUAUUCCUCCAGAACCACCUAAACCAGUUCCUAGAGGAGAAACUUAUAUAUCAUUCGGAGAAACAUUAACAUCUUUUAAUGAAUUUAAUCCAAUCAAAUCAGGAUUUGAAACUGUUAAAAAGCUUUACGGUGAUAAACCACUAGAUAGUAUAGAUCAUGUUGCGGAAUUGAAAAAACUAAAUAGAUCUUUAUUGUACAAUUAUUUGGAAUUGUUGGAUUUGCUGAUUGAACAUCCAACCCUUCAAGUGAAUGAAACUGAGGAUAUUUCAACAAUUACAAAUUUUGAUGGAUCAAAGACCAUUGUCAAGUUUUGUUGGGAAUUGAAAUUACAUCAAAUCGAGUUAAUUUUCAUUAACAUGUCAUUCCUGUUAAAUUAUUAUAGACCUCAUCAAGCUAGAGAACAAAUGAUAACAAUUUUACAAAACCAAUUAAAGAGAAGAAAGGAAGUCACAGAAAGUGUGGGAGAUUGUAUACAAUAUUGUCACAAGGUGCUCAAAGAGGCCCAAAUGACACUGACGAGUAUUAAUUUACAAGAGGAUGUAUUCUUAAAGACUGUUGCUUCAGAACCAGCUGCUUCUUCAGUAUUGGAAAAUGAUAGUUCCAUGACUGAUUUUUAUAUGGGUCAAUCAAACCCAAGCAAGAGAAAGAGAGAAGAUGGCAUGCAAGAUGAGGAUCAAACAUUAACAUCCUUCACACAUGACUUGAAUGGAUUUGGAUCAACAAGUGGUAGACAACAUGACAAGAAACAUAAGGAUACUAAUGUUAGUGUUGUGGAUAUUAAUGAUGAAAUCAUGCAGGAAUUUUUCCAAUAA